CCGGCCGUUACCGGGGCCGGCAGCGGUGCGGGAAGGGAGGGUGAGCGACGGUCUCCUUCGCUGACACGCUGUGAGGCGCCCGGCGGGUGACUGCUGGGCGGCCCCUGGGUUUCCUCAGCCUCUGCCCGCCUGUGACUCGCCCGGGGGAGCGUGCGGUCUCCAGGGAGGGGGGGUGGGCACUAGAGCGGCCCGCGCCCCUCUCCCGUGGCGGUAGGCCCCGGGAGCGGCGGCCCGGCCGGCUUCUGGUCCCCACCUGCCGCCGGGUGCGUGCGCCCACGGGCUCAGCUGGGCUUUGCACGGCCAAAAGUUAAAAAUGUGUGAUGAUGUCCCAGAUAAUUGGCGUAUUGGGGAGAAAUGCCUUGCCCCUCUUCUUGAAGAUGGGAAACUUCAUGAAGGAACAAUAUCCUCUAUUGAAAAGGACAAGAAUGGAAAAUCAUUUGCUGUUGUAUCAUUCUUGGAGUCUGAAGAAAGGAAAAUACUAAUAACUAAACUUUGUAGAGUCAAAGCCAGUAGAGGACCCUGGAAAAGCUUAGUAUUUGAUGAUGGUGAUCUGGAAAAGCCUUAUUUUCCUGACAGAAAUCUUCCAACACCUGCAGUUGCUUUUAAAUUAUCUGACAACGGUGAUUUUAUCCCAUAUACAAUUAACAGAUACCUGCGUGAUUAUCAAAGGGAAGGAGCCCUAUUUCUGUAUGGACACUAUGCUAAUAAAAGGGGGUGUAUUCUUGGAGAUGAUAUGGGCCUUGGAAAGACAAUACAGGUAAUUUCAUUUCUGGCUGCAGUGUUGCACAAAAAGGGAACACGUGAGGAUAUUGAAAAUAACAUGCCAGAAUUUUUACGGAGGACAAUGAAAAAAGAAUCAAAGUGUAACCCCAAGAAGACUUUCCUCAUAGUGGCCCCUCUUUCAGUGCUGUACAACUGGAAGGAUGAGUUAGACACAUGGGGGUACUUCAAGGUCUCUGUCUUACAUGGCAGUAAAAAAGAUGAUGACUUGAGUCGUAUCAAGCAAGGGAAAUGUGAAGUUGCCCUUACAACGUAUGAGAUACUUCGCCUGUAUUUGGAUGAAUUUAACAGUAUAGAAUGGUCUGCUGUGAUAGUGGAUGAAGCACAUAGAAUCAAGAAUCCAAAGGCUCAAAUAACUCAAACCAUGAAGUCAUUAAAAUGCAGUGUUCGCAUAGGUCUUACUGGAACCAUUCUUCAAAACAAUAUGAAGGAACUUUGGUGUGUUAUGGACUGGGCCGUACCAGGACUUUUGGGUAGCAGAGUACUUUUCAAGAAGAAAUUUUCUGAUCCAGUGGAGCAUGGCCAGAGGCACACUGCAACUAAAAGAGAGCUAGCAACAGGUCGUAAGGCCAUGAUGAAGCUAGCAAGAAAAAUGUCUGGCUGGUUUCUGAGACGUACAAAAGCGCUUAUCAGUGAUCAGUUGCCAAAAAAGGAAGACAGAAUGGUGUACUGUUCCCUGACUGAGUUCCAGAAAGCAGUGUACCAGGCUGUGCUACAGACAGAGGAUGUAAACUUAGUACUACGAGCAGGAGAGCCUUGUAGCUGCAACAGUGGCCGUAAAAGGAAGAACUGUUGUUACAAAGUAAAUGCUCAUGGUGAAACAAUUAAGUCACUGUGCUUCAGUUACCUGACAAUCCUACAGAAGGUUGCAAAUCAUGCUGCACUGCUGCAGACGGACAACACUAGCAAGCAGCAGGAAGCACAUAUCAAACGGGUGUGCAGCCAGGUAUUUUCCAGUUUUCCGGAUUUUGUGCAGUUAAGCAAAGAUGCAGCCUUUGAAACAAUUUCAGAUCCAAAGUACAGUGGAAAAAUGAAGGUCCUUCAGCAGCUUUUAAAUCACUUCCAAAAAACCAAGGAUAAAGUUCUUCUUUUCUCCUUUUCCACAAAGUUGCUAGAUGUGCUGGAACAAUACUGUAUGGCAUCUGGGCUAGAUUACCGAAGACUUGAUGGAAAUACAAAAUCAGAAGAUAGGAUCAGAAUUGUAAGAGAGUUCAACAGCAUUCAAGAAAUUAACAUAUGUCUUGUAUCUACAAUGGCUGGUGGACUGGGUCUUAAUUUUGUUGGUGCCAAUGUUGUUAUACUGUUUGAUCCUACAUGGAACCCAGCAAAUGAUCUUCAAGCUAUUGACAGAGCUUAUAGGAUUGGCCAAUACAAAGCUGUUAAAGUGUUUAGAUUGAUAUCCUUGGGAACUGUGGAGGAGAUGAUGUACUUGCGACAAGUUUAUAAACAGCAACUUCACUGUGCGGUGGUUGGAAGUGAAAAUGCUAAGCGGUAUUUCGAGGCAGUGCAAGGAUCAAAGGAACAUCAAGGAGAGCUUUUUGGGAUGCAUAACCUUUUCAAACUCAGGACUCAUGGGUCCUGUCUUACCAAAGACAUCCUGGAGAGGGAAGGGCGAGUAGAAGCAGGAGUCAUGACAGCAACUACAUGGCUAAAGGAAGAGACUCCUCCAUGCAGCUCAGAAAAGUAUGAACAACCAGACUCUAAAGAAGAUAGAGAUCCCCAAAGCAUUCAGGCACAAUUAGAGAGAGAAGAAAUGGAUUUUUGUGGUGACUUUAGUGAUGAUGAUAUUCUGGAAACUUCUGUGAAAAAAUGUGACAGAAGGAAGCCUUGCAAUGCAAAUAAUUUAAUGGUAACAAAAGGACAGCUUUCCUUAAUGCAGUGUGGAUUCUCUAAGUUGUUGCAGAGAGAAAUUGAAACUACCAAAGGGGAUAAUGAUUAUACCUCUCAUCAUUCAGGUUCUGAUGAUCAGUCUAUAAGAACAAAUGUAAAUAGCAAGCACAGUGAUUUUCACACAUGUCAAAACGAUGUGCCUGUUUUGGAGCAUGGGAAAGCUGCUCAGUCACCAGAUGGAAUUGAUAAACAAGAUACCUGUAGUACAGACUGGCUUGCUUUAUCAGGCGCUGAGGAGGAAGGGGACAGAGAAAGUGAGGAUCAAGGCAUUUCAAAGCAAAGUGAUAUAAUCAUGGAAACUGAAAACAGUUCUGAAGAGGAUGAUGAUGUCAUCUUUCCUGCCCAAGUUCCAGCAUGCCAGCAACCAAUGCUUACUAAAAAAGUUGAAAUAUACAGAUCAACAUCUGAAAAUUGUGAAGAGUUAGCAAAGGAAAAAGAUGGGUUUGUAUUUAAGGGAGACAGUAGGCAAUUUGGAUGCCAUAGUACUGAGUCAAAUUUCAGCAAAGUCAUGUCUUCUGAAGACUUCAAGAACAGCACAAGAGAUUUGAAAGAUGAAAGUGACAUAAGUGAUGAGUCUGAUGAUAUUGAAAUUUGCCAUAAUUCUGAAUCAAGAAAGUUAAGAACUUUCAGCAUUCCAAAAUGGAAAAAGAGAGAUGCCCAUAGCAACGGACUAGGUAACAUCUCCAAAUCUCUGCUAGAAUCAAAGAAGCACAAUAGAAAAGGAAAGGAAAGUGAUUCUCAGAAUAUAGAUGAAUUUUCAUCGUCUGAAGAUAACUUACCAGUUGAGAAAGUUCAUGCCAGAAAGCAAAGCUAUAAGUGUAAAAGCCAGAAAGGCAGAGUUCAGUUUGGGUCUAAAAUGCUUCAUCCUAUUCAAGAUUCCUCUGUUGCCCAAACGAAGUCUAGCAAUUAUGCUAUGCGAAGAACUUCUGCAAGUAAACCUGAAUUUGAACAUGAAGUGGAAUCAAUGGACAGAUAUUUAGUGUUACUUUCCUGUCUUCUGGGUUGAUGGGCUGCUUUGUAGUAUUUUGUUAAACACUUACUGUCUGUUGAAAGAUGCUAAGACUGAAGAUUUAUUAAGAAUUCACAAAUCUAAAUAUUUGACCUGUAAAACCUUGAAAGUCUUGACAGGGCUGUUAAAUAAAAACUUGUGCACAUCUGCUUGGUAGAGUACCAUGAGAUAAAGCCCUGGAGGGAAGUGGGACCCAAGAAAGCUCGUUAAUAUUCAAGGAUUACCUCCUCCAAGCUCAGGAGUGAUGCACCCUAACAAAGAGGAAGUCAGGCAAAAACACCAGAAGGGCUGCAUAGAUGAUCAAGGAGCUCCUGGAUAAACUCAAAUACAAAAAGGAAGCCUACAGAGGGUGGAAGCAAGGACAGGUAGUGUGGGAGGAAUAUAGAGAAAUAGUCCAAGCAGCCAGGGAUCAAGUUAGGAAAGCUAAAGCCCUGAUAAAAUUAAAUCUGGCCAGAGACAUCAACGGCAACAAGAAAAGUUUCUAUAGGUACAUUGGUGAUAAAAGGAAGACUAGGGAAAAUGUGGGCCCUCUCAGGAAGGAAAUGAGAGACCUGGUUACCUGGGACAUGGAGAAGGCUGAGGUACUCAAUGACUUUUUUGCCUCAGUCUUGACCAGCAAGUGCUCCAGCUGCACCGCACAAGUCACAGAAGGCAAAGGCAGGGACUGGGAGAAUGAAGAACUACUCACCCUAGGAAAAGAUGAGGUUCAAAACCAUCUAAGGAACCUGAAAGUGCACAGGUCCAUGGGACCUGAUGAGAUGCAUCCCUGGGUCCUGAGGGAGCUGGCAGAUGAAGUGGCUAAGCCACUAUCCUUCAUAUCUCAGAAGUUCUGGCAGUCUGCAGAAGUUCCCACCAACUGGAAAAGAGGAAACGUAACGCCCAUUUUUAAAAAGGGGAAAAAAGGAAGACCUGGGGGACUGCAGGCCAGUCCUCACCUCUGUGCCAAGCAAGAUCAUGGAGCGGAUCUUUCUGGAAACUAUGCUAAGGCACAUGGAAACCAAGGAGGUGAUUGGCAACAGCCAGCAUGGCUUCACUAAGGGCAAAUCAUGCCUGACAAAGUUGGUGGCCUUCUAUGACGGGCUUACAGCGUUGGUGGUUAAAGGAAGAGCAACUGACGUCAUCUACCUGGACUUGUGCAAAGCAUUUGCCACUGUCCCGCAUGACAUCCUUGUGUCUAAAUUGGUGAGACGUGGCUUUGAUGGAUAGACCACUCAGUGAAUAAGGAAUUGGCUGGAUAGUCACACUCAGAGAGUUGUGGUCAAUGGCUCCUUGUCCCAGUGGAGGACAGUGAUGAGUGGCAUUCCUCAGGGGUCGGUAUUGGGACCGGCUCUGUUUAACAUCUUUGUCAGCGACAUGGACAGUGGGGUUGUGUGCGUCCUCAGCAAGUUUGCCAACGACACCAAGCUGUGUGGUGCAGUUGACAUGCUGGAGGGAAGGGAUGCCAUCCAGAGGGACCUUGACAGGCUUGAGAGGUGGGCCCAUGCGAACAUCAUGAAGUUCAACAAGGCCAAGCGCAAGGUCCUGCACGUGGGUUGGGGCAAUCCCAAGUAUAUAAAUACAGGCUGAGUGAUAACUGGAUUGAGAGCAGCCCUGUGGAGAAGGACUUGGGGGUGUUGGUUGACAAGAAGCUCAGCAUGACCCGGCAAUGUGUGUUUGCAGCCCAGAAAGCCAGUUGCAUCCUGGGCUGCAUCAAAAGAAGCAUAACCAGCAAGUUGAGGGAGGUGAUUCUCCCCUUCUACUCUGGUGUGGUGAGACCCCACCUGGAGUACUGUGUUCAUCUCUGGGGCCCCCAACAUAACAAGGGCAUGGACCUGUUGGAACAAGUCCAGAGGAGGGCCAUGAAGAUGAUCAGAAGG